CGUACGAACGAGAGACAUGCCUACCUAGGUAGAUAAUAGAUUUCUUCACUUGCCGAGGAUUAACAAUCCUAAAUCAUUUUAUCAACAACUGCCGGCGCGAAAUCCUAAGAUCUUCUAGAAUAUGGAAUAAUAUCUAGAUGGAUCGGGAUCGCAUCGCAUGUCAUGUUUCGGGAGCCGGCGCCCUAAAAAAAGAAAAGAAAAAAAAAUUAGUUGGUCGGAAGUUCCGGAUAGAGGCUCUGUCGGGACCAACCGUAGCGGAGCUAACUACGUGAGUGCUCAUGAUGGGACCCAUAUAUGUGGGCGACCUGUGGGCGACCUGUGGGCAACCUGUGCCAGACUUGUGGGCGAACUUAUGGUCCCAUCGGGGCCGCCGAUCAACAUCGAAACCGUCCCGGCUCGAUUCUUCGCGCAAGACGCCGUCACGAUCACGAUGGGGUGAUGACGCAGUAAUACAAACAAGGCAAAACUAGGAAGCUAAGAAACUAAGAAGAAAAAAACCAAAGUAAAAAUGUAUCUCUCCGGGGAGUCCACAAGGUUUAAAAAAGGACCGUGGCCAUGGUUUUAAGGGGUUUGGAUUCUGCAUGAUCCAAGCUUAUCAUCAGCUCGUAAGUCUAUCAAAGACAAACAUCAACAUCUUCAUUACCAUCAUCUAUUGAUACCUUAGGUAGGCAAUAUGCCUUUCCUCAAACAACAUACAGAUCAGGUGGAAACACCAAAUGCCAGGUCUUCUAAUGGCACAACCUCUGCCACAAAGGAGGAGCAGAGCUCCCCUCAAGUUCCUCCCGUACGACAGCAAAAAGUCACCUUCCUAGCAGUCUUCCUGGGUGUCGUUGCCUCCAUAGGCGGCUUCAUGUUCGGCUACGUCAGCGGUCAGAUUUCCGGCUUCUUCUCGAUGCCUGAUUUCGCACAGCGAUUCGGCGAGGAAACUUCGCCUGGCGAAUACGAAUUCGGUGCCGCGAGACAAGGUACCAUCGUCGGUCUCCUGCCCGUCGGAUGCUUAUUCGGCGCCUUGAUCGCCGGACAGCUCGCAGACAUCAUCGGUCGACGACUGGCCAUCUCCGUCUCGGCUCUGUGGUCUUGCGUCGGAAUCGUUAUCGAGAUCUCGUCGGAGCGCGUCUGGGCACAGUUCGCCGUCGGCCGCUUGGUGACCGGUUGCUCCAUCGGCGCCCUAUCCGUCGUCGUGCCCAUGUACCAGUCCGAGAGUAGCCCGGCCAUCAUCCGUGGUAUUCUAGUGUCGACGUACCAGCUCUUCAUCACCCUCGGUAUCUGGACCUCUUACAUGGUCGACUGGGGUACCGCCGACAUGGCCUCGAGCGCGUCGUGGCGUAUCCCCAACGGCCUCGGUUUCCUCUGGUCCCUGAUCCUCGCGCUCGGCAUCCUCGUCCUCCCCGAAAGUCCCCGACACGCCUACCGCAAGGGCAGAGAAGAAGAAGCGCGCAAGACGAUCGCCAGAUUGGCCGGCGUCGACCCUCAACAUCGCAGCGUCCACGACCAGAUCACCGAGAUCCGGGUCAAGCUAGACGAGGAGAAGCACAGCGGCAAGGCGAAGUGGACCGAAAUCUUUACCGCACCCAGGAUGCUGUACAGAACGCUGCUCGGUGUCGUCCUGCAAGCUGGCCAGCAGCUCACAGGUGCCAACUUCUUCUUCUACUACGGAACGACCGUCUUCAAGUCCACCGGCUUGAGCGACAGCUUCGUCACGCAGAUCAUCCUCGGCACGGUGAACGUUGCUACAACCAUCGUCGGAUUAUGGGUUGUGCAGAACGUCGGCCGAAGAAAGGCUCUCAUCGCUGGUGCGGCAUGGAUGAUGGCUUGCUUCUUCAUCUACGCCUUCGUCGGUCACUACGCCCUGGACUCAGAAAACCCCAUGAACACCCCUAAGGCCGGCUCGGCUCUGAUUGUGUUCUCUUGUCUCGCCAUCGCUGCCUUCGCUACCACUUGGGGACCCCUCGUAUGGGCCGUUGUCGCUGAACUCUACCCUUCGCGAUAUCGGGCUCCUUGUAUGGCUUUAGCCACGGCCUCUAACUGGUUCUGGAACUUUAUGAUUUCCUUCUUCACUCGAUUCAUCACCGACGCGAUCGACUACUUCUACGGUUUCGUCUUCGCCGGUUGCUGUGCAGCCUUGAUGUUCAUCGUAUACUUUUUCGUAAUCGAGACCAAGGACCGCAGCUUGGAAGAGAUUGACACGAUGUACUUGUUACACGUCAACCCCAUCAAGUCGAGCCACUGGGAUGGCUCCAAGUUACCCGAGGGCGCUGCCGGCACAGAUACGCCCCAAACCCAAGAAGAGCACGCCGAAGUUCACGCUGAAGUUUAAAACUACGAAGAGCGGGAAUGAUAAUUAGAUUGUAUAAGUAGUAGACUAUUUAAUACUAAUUUGUACUUGUUAUGAA